CCGCUUCCGGGUCCGGCCGGGUCCGUCCCGGCGGAGGUGGCGGCAGUGGCGGCGGCGGCGGCGGGCGGCGGGGCGGCUGAAGAUGGCGGACCUGGAGGCGGUGCUGGCGGACGUGAGUUACCUGAUGGCCAUGGAGAAGAGCCGCGCCGCGCCCGCCGCCCGCGCCAGCAAGCGGAUCCUGCUGCCCGAGCCCAGCAUCCGCAGUGUCAUGCAGAAGUACCUGGAGGACCGCGGAGAGGUCACCUUCGACAAGAUCUUCACGCAGAAGAUCGGUUAUCUGCUCUUCAGGGACUUCGCCUUCAACCAGGCAGAGGAGGCCAAACCCCUGAUGGAGUUUUACGAGGAGAUCAAGAAGUACGAGAAGCUGGACUCGGAGGAGGAGCGGAGUGCCCGCAGCCGCCACAUCUUCGACCAUUACAUCAUGAAGGAGCUGCUGGCCUGCUCCCACCCCUUCUCCAAGAGUGCCACCGAGCAUGUCCAGAGCCGCCUGACCAAGAAGCAGGUGCCCCCAGACCUCUUCCAGCCCUACAUUGAGGAAAUCUGCCAGAACCUGCGUGGGGGCAUCUUCCAGAAAUUCAUCGAGAGUGACAAGUUCACAAGGUUCUGCCAGUGGAAGAACGUGGAGCUGAACAUCCAUCUCACCAUGAACGACUUCAGCGUUCACCGGAUCAUCGGCCGUGGUGGCUUCGGGGAGGUCUACGGCUGCCGGAAAGCAGAUACAGGCAAAAUGUAUGCCAUGAAGUGCUUGGACAAGAAGCGCAUCAAGAUGAAGCAGGGUGAGACCCUGGCCCUCAACGAGCGCAUCAUGCUGUCCCUCGUCAGCACUGGGGACUGCCCCUUCAUCGUCUGCAUGUCCUACGCCUUCCACACGCCCGACAAGCUCAGCUUCAUCCUCGACCUCAUGAACGGAGGAGACCUGCACUAUCACCUGUCCCAGCAUGGUGUCUUCUCAGAGGCAGAGAUGCGGUUCUACGCAGCCGAGAUCAUCCUGGGCCUGGAGCACAUGCACAGCCGCUUCGUGGUGUACCGGGACCUCAAGCCAGCAAACAUCCUCCUGGACGAGUUUGGGCACGUCCGCAUCUCAGACCUGGGCCUGGCUUGUGACUUCUCCAAAAAGAAGCCCCAUGCCAGUGUGGGCACACAUGGGUACAUGGCACCAGAGGUGCUGCAGAAGGGAGUGGCCUACGACAGCAGCGCUGACUGGUUCUCACUGGGCUGCAUGCUCUUCAAACUGCUCCGGGGGCACAGCCCCUUCCGGCAGCACAAGACAAAGGACAAGCACGAGAUCGACAGAAUGACCCUCACCAUGGCGGUGGAGCUGCCGGAUUCCUUCUCCCCUGAGCUCCGCUCCCUGCUCGAGGGGCUGCUCCAGCGGGACGUCAACCGGCGCCUGGGCUGCAUGGGCCGUGGGGCUCAGGAGGUGAAGGAGGAGCCCUUCUUCAAGGGCCUGGACUGGCAGAUGGUUUUCCUGCAGAAGUACCCACCGCCCCUGAUCCCGCCCCGCGGCGAGGUGAACGCGGCUGACGCCUUCGACAUCGGCUCCUUCGACGAGGAGGACACCAAGGGCAUCAAGCUGCUGGAGAGUGACCAGGAGCUCUACCGGAACUUCCCGCUGACCAUCUCGGAGCGGUGGCAGCAGGAGGUGACCGAGACAGUCUUCGAGGCCGUCAACGCCGACACCGACAAGCUGGAAGCUCGCAAGAAGGCCAAGAACAAGCAGCUGGGCCACGAGGAGGAUUAUGCCAUGGGCAAGGACUGCAUCAUGCACGGCUACAUGGCCAAGCUGGGCAACCCCUUCCUGACGCAGUGGCAGCGCCGCUACUUCUACCUCUUCCCCAACCGCCUCGAGUGGCGCGGGGAGGGCGAGUCACCGCAGUCCCUGCUGACCAUGGAGGAGAUCGACUCGGUGGAGGAGACGCAGGUGAAGGAGCGCAGGUGCAUCCUGCUCCGCAUCCGCGGGGGCAAGCAGUUCGUGCUGCAGUGCGACAGCGACCCGGAGCUGGUGCAGUGGCGGAAGGAGCUGCGGGAUGCCCAGCGCCAGGCCCAGCAGCUGCUCCAGCGGGUACCGCGGAUGCAGAACAAGCCCCGCUCGCCCGUGGUGGAGCUCAGCAAAGUGCCCUUCAUCCAGCGCUCUGCCAACGGGCUCUGAUCCCUUGCCAGCAGACUCUGACCCUGUGCCAACGUGCCCUCCCUUCCUCCCCCAAUUCCCACCCCACCUCUAAUUUAUUGGGUUGGGUUCCCGUGUGCCCCUUGCUCCUUCUUGUCAUCCCCUGGGCUUGGCAUUGGAGGAUGCCUGAUGCCCUUUUCAUCUGCUGGGCGUGGAGUGGGCAUGGCUGUGGCAUCGCCAUCCCAGCCUCUGGCGUGGAGCUGGCACUGGGCACGUGGCAUGGCCUGGAGCCUCUGCCCAGUGUGUGUUCCCCCCCAGAUCCUCUGUGAACUCUCCGGCUAAGAUGAAGGCAGCCCCCGCCCCGUGCCAUCUCCCCAUGCCCCCUCUCUGUGCCCACCUGCUUUGCCACUGCUGUGUGUGCCAAAAAGGGGCAGGUGGGUGCCCAGCUUUGGACGGUUUGGGUGGGGAACUGGGCAUCUCAUCUCACCCUUUCUGUAGCCUUUGCCUACUUCCCUGCCAGCCUGGCGUGCCCUGGCUAGGCUAUGCCCGGCGUGUGGGUGCCAAGUCCUUGGGGUGUGUGUAUGUGUGUGUGUGUGAGUGAAUGUGCCUGGGGGACCCCCCUGUAAAUACUGUGCCAUGGGUCCCCUGUGCCACCCUUCCUUCUCCCUCCCUGGGCAAAGAGGGCACCCUCAGCUCUGUGCCACCCCCCACCUUGUAGGGCUGGGGGGCAUUGGGUGGGCAAGGAGGAGGAAGGAGUAGGUGUCACCCCCCCUGAAAUCAGCCUGGUGUGUUGGUGGUGGGUGGGCACAGGAGCAUGGUGUUACCCAGGACCACCCCUUGCCCACCCUGGCAGCAUCUGUAAAUAGUGGGUCCGCUGCAGGGCUAGAGGUGGCACCAGGGCCCUUGAAAGAGAUUUUAAUGCUCAGAGAGGUGAGAAUGGGAGAAGAGAAAAAAGAGACAAGAAAAAAAGAGGUUUUAUAAUAAAAAAGCUGGGAAAAUGC